AUGCCCACAGCGCCAGAUCCUCGACGAGGAAGAGCCUGCGACGCGUGCCACGCCAACAAAACAAAGUGUGACGGUGGUACAAAGUGUACUCUUUGUAUCAAGAGAGGUAUAAGCUGUACAUAUAAGCAUGCUUCUAAAAGUGGAAGCAGUAGGAGUAGCAGAAGCCCUGUCGAAGAUGCUAACCGAGCAUCGUCUCGUCCGGUACAGGAUGUUCAAGAGAUCAACGCGCCUACUUCCAUCACACCCCCUCUAGCGCUUGGGACAUCUCCCGCCAAUGAAAUUAAAACGGCUUUUAAGCGAAUCGCCAAUGACAUUCGAACAGGCAAGAUAUCUCUCGGCGAACCUACACCUGUUCCCGCAGUAGAUCAUCCAUGGAUCGAGGCGAACUCAAGAGAAUAUUUUGGCCGCCUCCAUGAAGCUUGGCCUAUCUUACACGCCCCUUCUUAUACCAUUGGUAUGGAAGAUUCCUUUAUUGUCGCGACAUCUGUGGCUAUGAUAAGUUGCUGGCUGAAAAAUCCGGAUGAGUAUGGAGAGGUGGUAAUGGAGUUGCACGAGACUCUUAUGAAUGCAGCUUCUGAAUACAUCUCAAAUACGAUAUGUCGACAAGAACUUGAUAAACCUUGGCCGAUAGAAACAUAUCAAACGACCGCCCUCCAAAUCGUCUUUGCCUUUUACCAUGGAAGAUUAAUUGCAAAAGCAUCUUUACUACGAGGCACGCUUAUCAUGUCAAUGAGAGAAAUCGACUUCUUCAACAGCGACGGCUCAGCAGAACAACAACGCAUCCAUUACCCAGGAACGUUUGUCCCGUGGCUAAUGACAGUCCGUGAGAAAUGGAAACGAGAAGAACUCGACCUCACCAUGCCCGCCACAUUCUCCCUCUGGAACGCUUUUGGUCUAGACAUUUUCUUCAAGCGUCUCCCGUUCGAACCAACCGACCGAUCAAACUUUAAAAUCACAGAAAUCUGCGCCAACCCAAACACCCCCGCUAAAUCUCUUCUACUCCUGGAAGAUGUCCACCUCGCUAUGUGCGGUUUAUCACCCGCGAUAUGGAACCACGCUCAAAUAGUGCGUAGAAGCGCCGAGGCAGGACGGUCGACACAUAACUCGACAGCAUCGCUGGCGUGGCAGCUGGAAGCGUGGAAAGCUGAUGUUGAGAGACUACAGCACCAGUGUUUUCAAACCUUUCACGAUCCAGGAAUGGGAGAGUUUCCAUUCAAGGCGUAUAUCGCGGACUUUGACGAUAAUAUACCAAGGGCAAAAGCCGCUGCCUUGGUGCACGUCAAGUGUUUGACUUCAGAUUGCAUGAUGAUUUAUCAUCUGCAAAGUCUUCAGCUGUAUUCCGACACGCGGACGAUCAACACCGUUGCUAAAGCUCACACAUCGCCUGUUCUCACCGACCGCGAACCCACCGUACGACCACGCCUGCAAAAACUUCACAACCAAUUAAGUCUCUGGACAAAGUCACCAGAAAGUCGAAAGGCCUUGCUCCACGCUCUUGCGGUACUCAUAGACUGUGAGACAGCUCUGGAAUCCAACUCACCCCAAACACAGUCCAUCGAUCCAGCAGCUUACCUCGCUAUUUCCAUGAGUGCCCUUGUAGUAUGGGCGUGGCUUUUGUUCAGCGAAGCAGCUUGUAUGUGUGUUCCCAGUCUGAACCACAUCAACAUUGGCGUCGAUCCACCAAAUCUACAAAACAUCAGCACCGCAAGGUUAGAAACGUGGAUACAGGCUGAUGGGACAGCAGCCGUGAAUAAUAUUCCGUUGUGUAGGUGUGUGGCUGAUGGGUGGACGGCGAGGUUUAAUGCGCUUUUACCUCUGGGUAGAAGACGGUGGGGAUUAUGUGAUGAGGUUGCACCGAUUUUGAGCUCUCUUGGUGCUGGUCACUGA